CGAAGAGCGGAAGUGUGAGUUGAUAUGUGGCGAGGAUUUCGAGGUGGCGAGUCGCGGCGCCGCAGGAUGAGUUGGCGCUCAAGGGACCUGCUCGGCGCCGCCUUCGUCGUCUCCUUUGCCCUGUACGCGGUGCACACCCUCCUCUGGGUCGUCGAUGACAUCCAGCUCAAGAACUUGGAUUUUGGCAGCGACCAGAAGGGGAACGACGAGGUGGGGUGGUGCCCGUCGGCUGGUGAAGGUCCGAGUGGCGUCGUCGUUUCGGCGCCGGCCGUUGAAUCUGUGGCGGUGGCGACGCUGCAUUUCUGGAGCGCUUGGGCGUUGGCGCGCAGCCGACGCUUGAGGGUUGCGCUGCCCCGCCAACUCGUCCACACCCUGCGCACCACCUUUGCCAACUUCUCCUGCGCCGUCCUGGAAGACGUGGCCCUGAGGUGCAACGCGAGUCACCUGCUGGCCGAGCUGGAGAGUGUGGGGUCGGCGGGCAACGCGGCGCAGGUGGAUCGCAAAACGGCCUUCGGAAGGUUGCGGCCGCAGCUGUUGGUGGUGGGGCCGCCGCUGCUCGAACCUGACGUGAUGCUCGGCGAGUGGCGCCUCCUCGCCAGGACGCUGGCCUUCCGGCCCAGCCUCAGGGAACGCGCCCGCCGCUUCCUCCAGGACGCCGCCGACGCCCUCCCCGACAAGGGCCAUCACGGUCGCGUCGAAUUCGUGGGCGUGCUGGCGGCGCCGUCGUCGGCGCCAAACGCGAGCGCCGUGUUUACGCACGCGCUCGCAAUGAUGCGUUUCCGGUUGACCGGCCUGGGGGCGCCGCUGUUCGUGGUGGUGUGCGGCGCCGAUGACGAGCGGCAGUGGUGCCACGAGCAGACAAGUGGCGCCACAGACGCUGUGCUGGCGGCGGCGCCGGCCGAGGCGCCGCUCGGGCUGGCGCUGCUCGCCUUUUGCAACCACUCGGUAUUUCCAUUUGACGCCGCCGGCGUCAUCACUGCCGCGCGCACUGCCGACGGCUCCAACUUUGUCUACCACUUCGGCGCCGCCCUGCAGAGGCGCCGCGCCCUGCUCACCUUCCUCGCCAGGGUCAGGCCGCCCUGGUUCCAGCUGCAGCCCUGACAGUGACAAAAAUUCAUCGCACGCGUCCGAGUCCGAAUGCUGAUUGUUAAAUUUAUACAAUUUUGAUUACAAAUUACUAAAUAUUCAAUUAGUCGCAAUUAGUAUUUUCUUCGAUUGCAAUCCUAGAAGGCGCGGUCAUUCAAAGUGGCGAAGAAAAAAAUUGUAACAUUAUGUUUAUUUUUAAUUUGUAAAAUAAAGUUAUAUUUGUACAAAAAAAAGUGUUGGGC